CCUGGACAUGAAUCACAUUUUUGCUGUGCAGCAUGAUUAUGCCAUACCAAAUGUGCAACAGAGCACAACAGGGCUUGACACCCACAAUCAGGUCCAUGUUGUGGUACAACCACACACUAUGUCAUGGCAGUCAGAUGUUCAUCAUGGUGCAUCAGAUUCCAGAUUACACCCCCUCAACAGCAGAAUGGGAGACGGUCUCAGUUUGCAAUAUGUGCAACACGAGGAAAACGAAACUCCAUCCCUUGAAGCUGAGUGAGCAGCACAUCAGUCUGGAUUAUGCCAUCUCAGGGACCAGUAAGGGAGCUCCCAAACAUUUGGAGCUUGGCACUGAUGUCAAGUCAGACCACUUAGGCUGCCUCAAGAGCAGAGGACCUGAGAUCCCCAACAUCUAG